AUGCCCCCGAUUAUUGGCUUAGACUCAGAUGAUGAGUUUGUUGACAAAUCAUCACGGUCCAAAAGAAAGUCUACAAAAGGAACGAAGCAUGUCCGUAUCGAGGAAGACUAUAAUGAUGACGGAGAUAGUAUUGAGGAUGAUGAAGAUGAUGAAAACCUUUCAAGUGAUGAUGAACCAAAUCUUCGAAGCGGGAGUAGCAAGAGAAAGAAGAAGCUAGGUAACAAGAAUCUCCAAGGUUUGAAUGGUGGAUACGCCUGGGAGGAAGAUAUCCAGAGAAGUUGGGAUUUAGUGAAGGUUGACGAUGAGGGGAACAUGGCAGCAGUCGUCGCAAGUAUUAUUGAGGCUAGAAAAAAGAGAUCGGCAAGAAAAAAUAUGACUCCAUUUCAACGAGGUAUCAUUAGAACAAUGAUUUUGGUUUUGGAUUGUAGCGAAGCAAUGCUGGAAAAGGACUUGAGGCCCAAUAGACACGCUAUGACAGUUCAAUAUGCCAUCGACUUUAUUCACGAGUUUUUCGAUCAAAAUCCGAUAUCACAGAUAGGUAUUAUAUGCAUGAGAAAUGAUCUUGCCCAGUUAGUGAGUCAGGUUAGCGGAAAUCCUCAAGAUCAUAUUGAUGCUCUCAAAUCCCUACGUAAGCAAGAGCCGAAGGGAAACAGCUCAUUACAGAAUGCAUUGGAAAUGGCUAGAGGACUUUUACUACACGUUCCUGCUCAUUGUACAAGGGAGAUAUUGAUUGUCUUUGGUGCGUUGUCUAGCACGGAUCCUGGCGAUAUUCACCAAACAAUGAAUUCUCUUGUGCAAGAGCGUGUACGUGUUCGCGUGAUCGGUCUUUCAGCACAAGUGGCAAUUUGCAAAGAACUAUGUAAACAGACAAAUUACGGAGAUACUUCCUUUUAUGGGGUUAUUUUGAAUGAAACCCAUUUCAAAGACUUAUUCAAAGAAGCUGUUACACCUCUUCCCGUCAAUAAAAUUAAUAAAGGCUUUACGUUGGUCAAAAUGGGGUUUCCAACGAGACUAUUCGAGGACAGCCCUUCAUUUUGCACCUGCCACUCGAAAUUAACAUUCGGAGGGUACUUCUGUCCAAAUUGCAAGAGUAAAGUAUGCUCACUACCGACCGUUUGUCCAUGUUGUGAUUUAAUGCUUAUUCUAUCGACGCAUUUAGCUAGAUCAUAUCAUCAUCUCAUGCCGUUAAAAAUAUUCCAGGAAGUUCCUGUAAGUGAGCAUUUCCCAACUGAGAAUUGUUUCAGUUGCCAGAAGCGGUUUCCAAAAUUGAGGAACCAGAAAACCCAAGAGUUGCUAACGAGCUCUAGAUAUAGAUGUGAAGACUGCGAAAAAGACUUUUGCAUUGAUUGUGAUGUUUUUAUCCACGAAAUUCUUCACAAUUGUCCUGGAUGCGAAUCUUCACCAAACGUUUGA